GCGGCCGGGAGCCCAGGCACGUCGCAGGAUGGUGGACAGCGUGUACCGGACCCGCUCCCUGGGGGUGGCGGCUGAAGGGCUCCCGGACCAGUACGCGGACGGGGAGGCAGCGCGCGUGUGGCAGCUCUAUGUCGGGGACACCCGCAGCCGCACGGCCGAGUAUAAGGCCUGGCUGCUCGGGCUGCUGCGCCAGCACGGCUGCCAGCGGGUGCUCGACGUGGCCUGUGGCACCGGGGUGGACUCCAUCAUGCUGGUGGAAGAGGGCUUCAGUGUGACGAGCGUGGAUGCCAGUGACAAGAUGCUGAAGUACGCACUCAAAGAGCGCUGGAACCGGCGGCACGAGCCCGCCUUCGACAAGUGGGUCAUCGAAGAAGCCAACUGGAUGACUCUGGACAAAGAUGUGCCCCGGCCUCCAGAGGGUGGCUUUGAUGCCGUCAUCUGCCUUGGAAACAGUUUUGCCCACUUGCCAGACUGCAAAGGGGACCAGAGUGAGCACCGGCUGGCACUGAAGAACAUUGCGAGCAUGGUGCGGUCAGGGGGCCUGCUGAUCAUUGAUCAUCGCAACUAUGACCACAUCCUCAGUACAGGCUGUGCACCCCCAGGGAAGAACAUCUACUAUAAGAGUGACAUGACCAAGGACAUCAAGACAUCAGUGCUGACAGUGAACAAUAAGGCCCACAUGGUGACCCUGGACUACACGGUGCAGGUGCCGGGGGCUGGCCAGGACAUUUCUCCUCGCUUGAGUAAGUUCCGGCUCUCCUACUACCCGCACUGUCUGGCGCCCUUCACGGAGUUGCUCCAAGCAGCCUUCGGGGGCAAGUGCCAGCACAGUGUCCUGGGUGACUUCAAGCCUUACAAGCCGGGCCAGGCCUACAUUCCCUGCUAUUUCAUCCACGUGCUCAAGAGGACGGACUGAGCACGGCCUCACCUCCCACAACCCUGUCUACUGCUGGGCUGUCUAGGGAGGUGGGGACCGGCCGC